AUGGCCGAUCGUUUUGCGUGGACGGAUGGUCAGUUACAUAUGGGUGAAAUAAUAAUUGCUACACAAACGGGUGUUUCAAUUCAAGAUGGUCCAGAAAAAACUGCAUAUCAAAAAGGAACAAUUACUUUGACCAGUCAUCGUUUUUUAUGGAAAGACAAUACAUCACAAAUAGAAUUGCCAUUAUCAUAUAUAGUUUAUGCUGAGAAAAAGGAUGCUUCGUUAACGUCAAAAGCUAAAAUUGUUAGUAUUGUUUCCAGUGUUCAAGCGCCAAAACGAUCUGGACCAUUUAUCUCUAGUCGCUACAAUGAAAUACAAUUUGAAUUUAAAGAUGGUGGAUGCAAUGAAUUUUUACGUUUAGUGCAAGAUGAAUUAGUUAAAAAACGUUGGUUAUUAGAACCCAUUCGUCCAUCAGCAUCAACUAGUGGUAGAGAAUAUCGUGGCAUAUCAAGCAUAGAACAAAAUAUGCACCAUCAACUGAAUGUUCAACAUCAAUCAAUAAGUGGAGCAUUCCAAGAUUUAAACAAAUUAAUGGAGCAGGCAAAAGAUAUGGUCUAUGUAUCAAAAGCUAUAUCAGCAAAAAUUCAAGAAAAACGUAGCGAUUUAUCAAGUGAUGAGACAAUACGUUUCCGUUCGUAUUUGCUAAGCCUUGGCAUUGACAAUCCAAUUACGAAAGAGUCGGCUGGCAGUAAAUAUCACAUAGAACUGGCAAAAGAAUUGGCUACUGUAUUGCAAAAAGCACUAAAAGAUACUAACGGCAUUAUGACACUCAGUGAUGCUUAUUGUCGGAUUAAUCGUGCUCGAGGAUUUGAGUUAAUUUCGCCUGAAGAUUUACUUAAUGCUGCAGUUCAUAUGGAAGAAUUAGAUUUACCUGUUCGAUUACGUACAUUAAGCAGUGGUGUAAAAAGUUUUGAACUGGCAAAUCGAAACGAGAAAAAGGAUAUGCAAGAAAUUAUUGCACUUGUAAAUGCAUCAAAAUCAAUGAGUGCUGGCGAAUUAGCUAAUCAACUUGGAAUACCUAUAUCUGUGGCUCGCGAAAGAUUUGUUGCUGCUGAAAACUCAGGUUCACUGUGUCGAGAUGACUCAAUUGAAGGUUUACGAUUUUAUCCAAAUGAAUUUUGA